GUUUUUCUUUUUUGGGUGAACUCUCAGUCUCCUUCGCUCUCCUCUAACGCACGCCGUACGCACUCACUUCAAUACGAGGUUUCGUCGUUCAUGCCUUCUGCCAUGAGUGACUGAGAGAGAGAUCUCGAUUAGAACUGGUUCGGAUUCGGUUGAGUGUUCUAAUCGGGUGAGUUAACGCUCUAAACGACAACCGAAGAAUCAGCCAAAAUCAGGGCAUUGUUGCCUUGCCUACUGAAACUCCACCAACUCCAACAGGCAGUGAUAAAAUGCAUUUCAGAGAUAAAAGUACGAGAAUGGGGUCAUCGAGUUGCUCGACUGAUGUGGAACCUGACAUGAAUAUCAGAAAUAUCAUGAAAGAAAUUAAUUUUCUGACCUCCUCUCAUAUGUCAUGGAAAGACAAAAAGGAGAUUGAGAACAGAAAAAUUGUCUCUCUGGGUGGAAAGCCUCAAAAGAAACAAAAACUACCUCUAAGUGUAGCACGACCAAUUAUGAAGAAACAGAAGGAAAGAGAACAAAAGAUGAUGGAAGAGCGUUUGAAUCUUGGACAAUCUAGUGGCAAUAAUUCUAGAAGAUCUAUGGGUAAGCGCAAGCCCGAGGACCAGGUUCUUAGGCCGAGCGAAGGCAUUUUUAGAAAUGGAGUGCUUGAUGUCAAGCAUCUACUACACCGUGCUCCUACUAGGAAUACUGACUUUGCUCCUAUUAGGAAUACCGACUUUGGAAACGAUAUGGUCGGUAAAGGUAGAAGGAAGGGAGGGAAAAAGAAGAAUAAAAGUAAGAAAAAGGGUGGCGGUAAGAAACGCCACUGAAAUCAAUCAGUUAUUGCAAUUCAAUGAAAUUUAGCAUAUCCUUGUUUCAUAUAUAGAUUUGAUAAUCUGGGUUUUAUUAUUAACAUUUUAUUCACAUAUGGCAUACUAAAUUAGGAAGUAAUUCAGUCUCUGUUAUUUUUAUUCCUUCGGAAUUGAGGGAAUGGGUUUUGUAGUUUGAGUGAUGUAGAAAGUUGCGUUUCAUUUUUCCUUUUUGGGGUUUUGUUUUGUGUAUAAUUAAUGUCAUAUGAUUGAAUAUUAUGGUCC